AGGCUCGUGAACGCGCUGCAGUGAUCCACCCGAUUCAUCUCCUUCGGAUCUCCACGAUGUGUGUGUGUGCUGCGACUCUGCUGUGUGUGUUGGCUCUGAGCUCUGUGGCCGUCGGCAGCGUCGGCCUCAGUAACUCCAGCAGCUUCUGCUCCGAGUCUAAAGAAUGUCUUCAGUUCGAUCUGAUCUGCAGGACAGCCGAGUACGAGGUGCGUCAUUAUUCGGCCACGCGGUGGGUGUCUACUGAUGCUGAGGCCUAUUUUCUGGGGGUCGGAGCUGCCAUGGCCUUUAGACGACUCUAUCAUUAUAUAAACGGAGACAAUAAAGAGGGUGUGAAGUUUGAGAUGACGGCUCCGGUGCUCGUUGAAGUUCCAGAGGAAGUGAAGAUGUGGGAACCGGCGAUCUACACACUCAGCUUCCUGUUGCCGUCAGCCUAUCAGGAGCAUCCACCCACACCGACCAAUGACAAGCUGUAUUUCUCUGAUAUGGCCGACAUGGACGUGUAUGUGAGGAGUUACGGCGGCUGGAUGCUGUCAAUCACCUCUCGAGUCCACGCCCAUCUGCUGACCCGAGCACUGAUUAGAGCCGACGCCCACUUCAACAACACACACCACUACGCUGUGGGCUACGACAGUCCGCUGAAGCUGUUAAACAGGCAUAAUGAGGUUUGGUACGUGGUUGAAGGAGAGCCGGUGUGUGAACAGGAGAAAACAUCUGAAAACACCGACACACACUAGACUGGUAACACACACACAAUCAAAUAUAUACACACACAUAGAAAUGCGCACACACAAUCCCACAUAUUCAUAAUAAUGCUCACAUACAGGAGUACACACAAACACACCUAUACACAUGGAAAUACACACACAAACACUAAAUCACACAGAAAUACACACAAUCACACAUAUACACUCAUGAAUACACACACACAAUCACACGAUACACACUUACAGAGAUACACACACACACACAUAUACAUGACACAUAAAUAGAAAUUCACACACACACUGAAUCACACAGAUGCACAUAGAAAUACACAAACACACACACUCAUGAAUACACACACAAACACACACAAAUCACACAUAUACACAAUAAUACACACAUUCAGAAAUACACACACUGAAUCACACAUAUACACACAAAAAACACACACAGAGAUUAAAUCUCACAUGCAAUCACACACACACACACACACACACACACACACACACACACACAUGAAAAGAAUCGAUUCAAAUGUUCAGAACUGAUUCCAUGAGGAGAAUCAACUCCUCUGAGAACUAAUGAAUCAUUUUAGAAUGAAUCAUUCUCUCUCCGUCACCAGUGAACAGAAUCACUUACUAACACCAAUCAGAUACAUUUCCAUGAACAGAUUCAGUUGAGUCAUUUCAAAGAAUUGAUUCAUUUGACCAAAUCCAUGAUUCUCCUAUAGCGCUGUAUAAUAUCGAUCAGCUGAUGAUGGGAUGCCACACUGAACUAUAACACACAAUGUAAAUGUCCAUAUUGAUGAGUAUUACCUUUCAUUCUUCAUUCAUUGACAGCAAUGAAGUGUAGGGCUUCAUUUCUCUACUAAUGCACUCAUAUCCAUACACUAAUUAUAUUAUUAGAGAUGAUGUAAUGCAUAGAAAUGUGCUGAAGCUGAAUUAUAGUCUCAACACGCGUGUUUGAGCUCCAGUUAAAUGAUAACAGGGUUUGAUCUUAGAUUUGUUUUAAGUUGAAAUCUGCUUUAUUUGUCUUGUGAAUGCUGCUAGUGUUAUUAAACACACACACACACACACACACUCACACAUGUUUAUUCGGCGUUAUAAUGCUGUGGUUAUUCAGGUAUGUAGUAAAUCUAGCUUAUUUACCACUGAGGGUUUGAGUGUGUUAUCUAUCGAGGAUGGUUAACCGGUAAUACGGCAGCAUUUUGUGGAUUACAGCUGGAAGUUGUUUGGUACUUCCUGUCGGUCUUCUUUAAGUUCAACAAAUAAAACUAAACGUAACAAGACAAAGUGUAAAGAAUCACAAUAGUGAAGAAUCAACUCUUUGAAUUGAUUCAGAACUAAUGAACAGUGUGUGUGUGAGUGUGUGUGUUUUCUCCAUGCGCGUGAUUCACUGCUGUUUUCUGUUCAUUCUAUACACUUAAAUUGUGUUGCACUCAAUAGCUUUUAAACGGUUGACAUCGUGUUCAAUACAGGCGCUCUAAUUAAGAGAUAUUAGUUUCAUCAUGUGUAUUUGAUGUCAUUUCUUUAGUUUAAUAGUUUGAAUUAAUAUUUAGCUUAUUUCCUACUGAGGUUUGAGUGUUUGGAAUGAAAAAAAAAGAAUCGCCACAAUAGUGAAGAAUCAACUCUUUGAAUCGAUUCAGAACUAAUGAACAGUGCGUGUUCGUUUUCUCCUUGAAGUGUGUUUUUUAUAUGCAAUACAUCUGCUGGUGCGCUUCAUGAUCAUAUAAUCACACACUCAUGUCAGGGGUGUGUGUAGCAUUGAUCAAAUAAACAUGAUUGUUAAGUCUCUGCUUCUGUCAUGAAUGCUCAAUAAAUCAUCAUCAGGCUGAUCAGUUUGAGUUUGAGUUUAUUGGUGAUCAAUAUUCAGUGUUUUACAGCUGGAGCUUUAAUGA